UGUGCUAGGAGAGAGAAGGAACAGAGAGAAGUUUGACGACUUCCUGGGAAAGUGCACUGGAAAUCAAGCCCCACAAUUCCCAGAGUUGUCACAAAUGUGAGAGUUUAAUGAAAGUUGCAAAAAUCCCAAUUUGUCUCUUGACUGUUCACCAGGAGAAAAAUGGACCGCACCAAGCUUUCUUCGAUUUCCGAGUGAGUAUUGUGCUCUUGCAUCUGAUGAAGAUUGAGAAACUAGAAAGUUGGUUUGAAAUUGACUACGUGUAAUUAGCCUAAAAAGAAAAGCUUGGAUUCCUGAAACUGGAUCAGAUUCAAAAAGGAUAAAGGAAAGACAGGAUGACCAUGACCCAUGUUGGAGCAAUUGUGGCUGCAUUAACUGGAGUUGUGGCCUUCUUUCUUUACUCUUCCAUACACAAGAUUGAAGAGGGUCACCUUGGCAUUUACUACAGAGGUGGUGCUUUGUUGGCCAGUCCAAGUUUCCCAGGAUACCACAUCAUGAUACCCUUUAUUACUACCUUCAGAUCUGUUCAGACAACUUUGCAAACAGAUGAAGUGAAAAAUGUGCCUUGUGGAACAAGUGGUGGUGUCAUGAUCUAUUUUGACAGAAUAGAAGUGGUAAACAGCCUUGCUCCAAGCGCAGUGUAUGAUAUUGCUAAGAACUACACAGCUGACUACGACAAGACGUUGAUCUUCAACAAAAUUCAUCAUGAGUUGAACCAGUUUUGCAGUGUGCACACCUUACAGGAGGUCUACAUUGAAUUAUUUGAUCAAAUAGAUGAGAACUUGAAAUUGGCUUUACAAAAAGAUUUGAUUGUUAUGGCACCUGGCCUGACCAUACAGGCUGUUCGAGUUACAAAACCUAAAAUUCCAGAGGCAAUUAGAAGGAAUUUUGAACUUAUGGAAGCAGAGAAAACAAAGUUGCUUAUUUCUACACAGAGGCAAAAGGUUGUGGAACAAGAGGCUGAGACUGAAAGAAAACGGGCUAUUAUUGAGGCAGAAAAAGUUGCACAAGUAGCCCAGAUUCAAUUUCAACAAAAAGUUAUGGAAAAGGAAACACUGAAGAAGAUUUCUCAAAUUGAAGAUGCUACUUAUUUAGCCAAACAGAAAGCCAAAGCAGAUGCAGACUUCUACACUGCACAGAAGACUGCAGAAGCCAACCGGUUAAAACUAACUAAAGAGUAUCUGGAGAUGGCUAAAUACCAAGCAAUUUCAACAAACAGCAAAAUUUACUUUGGAAGUGACAUCCCAGACAUGUUUUUGGAUACGAGUGUCUUUCAGCAGAACACUGAUAGGAGGACUGAGGAAACUUCUUCCUGUGAGGAUAAGACAUCUAAAGCUGCAUCAAGUACAAGACAAAAAGAUGCAAUAAAAGACUCCACAGAGACUUAGUCUGAAGAAACUAGAAAUGACAGUGCUUUGUUCAAUAUUGAAGAAUAUGGAUUAUACAAAAUAGUUGGACUAUGCUUGCAAGGAUUCUGGUAUGACAACCAUCAGAUUGGGUGUAGCAUUCUAUUAAGGGGUACUGUUUUUAUAAAGCAAUGCUGGAAUGACAACAUUGAAAUUUUGACACAUUACUAAUGACUAAAACUCUAUUUACGAUCAGUAUUUCCAAACACUCAUUCCAUGUCAAAAGCUGAUAUGUGUGUGUCUAAUACAAAAUGUUGCACCUAACUGAAAGCUGACUGUGAUAUUGUGAAUUUACAAAUACCUGUAAUAAGGAUUACUUUGUGUAUUUCUAGGCAUGUCACAGCAUUCAUGAUUAGAAUGUCUAAAUGCUGUGAUUGUGCAUUUUGCAAUUGUGACUUUGAUUAUGAUCAAAUCAACAGGAAAGUGAUUGACAGCUGUGAAGAAUAUUUUUAACUUGGGCAAACUAUAAUACUCUUAAACGGAUCAAUGGAAUUAGAAAAUAUGUUUUAGAAUUAUCGAGGUACUGUUGUAUUUCAGCACCUCACAUUACCCUAUUUUCCUUUUGAUUUUCAUUUCUCUUCUAAUGAUUCCCCUAGUCAGAAGUUGAUAAUACCGUAAUCAAUAUUAAUUUUUUUCUGAAGGAAAUGAACUUUUAUACUGCCUGUCAAAUAUAUGUUGGCAGUUGUGGGCUCUGGCUGCUUUGGAUGCCAGCAAAACGAUGCUGAUGUGUACUGUUAAAAUGCAACAAACGCCUUUUUUUAAGGUAGCUUUGUGAAAGAAAUUUUUCUGUUUUGUUUGAAGAUGCAUUAUUGACAUUUUAAGGUGGAUUUGGGACCUGUUACUGAGUUUUGGAAACUGUUUUUGGCAUUGUAUUUCCUGCAGCAUGAAAUCUUGAAAAUAUUUUUGCUUGACUACUUUUUUCCAAUUUAUCAACAUUUUUAACACUGACUUGAAAUCAUCCGUUGCAGUUGUUGUAUUAAUGCCAGUGAAGGUAUCCCUUUUAACUAGUUGCAAGUUGCAGUUCUGAUGUGGAUCCAGCACUGCUUUGGUGGAAAGAUUCAAAUUUAAAAUUUGUUAUAGCCAUUCACAACUGACCCCUAACUCUAGGUGGUGAUGCAAAAUUUCUUCGAAUCCGUAAUGGUCUUUUUCUAAUUGAGUUCUCGCACAUUGUGUAAUUGUUGGAAAAAUAAAUGAGUUAAAAGGAAAUAUUAAUGUGUUGGAUGGGUUGUAGGUAAAUAUUAAAGGUAUCUUUUCCAUGCAAAGAGCCCUACUCUGAUUUCUGGGCAAUUGGUAUAUGCAGAUACUAAUGUUUAUUUUUGAUAAUUCACAAUACAGUAGAAACAUUUUACAUCAUGCUGUGUAGUUGAUAUCUUUGUAGUGUUCUAGCUUUUAUAUGCAAUAUUUGUAAUGAGCGAAUGCUUACCUUUAUCCCCAGAUUUUUUUAAGGUUUUGGUGUUAAAAUUGAACAUGGGUUCCAAUGGGUCUGACUUAUUUCUGAUGUAUAAAGCUGUGCCUGUCUCAAAUGAUGUACCAAAAAAUUCACAAUUUCUAUAUAAGCAACGGUUUGAUUUGAUUUAAAUUUAAUUUCAUUAUAUUGGGAUUUGUUGGGUUUUCAAUGUUGCUGCUUUUGGCUCUAAAUAUACAAUGCAAUUUGUUUUCAAUUGGUAUUUUUGAUGUGGACUGUAAUAAAUAAUUUGCACUUAAGUAAUUCCAAAAGGCUGAUGUCUUAACUUAAAAAUAAGAGUUUUCUUUUCAGAAUUUGGGAAAUAAUGGGAAAUCCAGAGUUUGAGUAUACAUACUUUGUGAAUCAAACAUACGAAGUGUUAAAUGCUUUGAGCAGCAGUCUGGAAUUUAAUUUUGUUUCCUAAAAAAAAAACAAGCAGUUUAAAAUAUGAAUUUGGAGCAAUGAAGAACAUGAGUAACUAUGUCUAAAAUGAAUUUUUUGUAAACUCAAUUAUAAGACAAGAUUGACUUUUUCCAAUAGCUCAAAAAAUAAACUUAUUUUGAUACCA